UAAUUAAUUCCCAACAAUUUAUAUCGCCAUCACUGUAAGGAGAAGCAAAGCUUUCGCUUAAUAAAAUCUGCGAGUGAGCAAGAACCUCAAAUACUUACGGUUUUAGUUGAUAGCCAGCAGAGUAACCGAGUGCUUGACUUUGUUGUGGAAAUUAAAAGAAACCAGAAAUGGCAGAAGAUUUAUGUGCUAUUCAACUAACGUUGCCACAAGGUGAAAUUCGUGGUGCAAAAUGCAAAACUAUUUACGAUCAUGAUUAUGUCAGCUUCGAAGGCAUACCAUAUGCUAAACCACCGUUGGGUAAUUUGCGCUUUAAAUCUCCUCAACCAGCUGAACCAUGGUCUGGUGUGAAGGACUGUAGUAAAUGUGCUAGCAAGCCCAUGCAAAAAAAUGUACUGACUGGUGAAUUGGAAGGUUCAGAAGAUUGCUUAUACUUAAAUGUUUAUGUUAGCAGGAGUAUUGUGUAA